GAUAUAUAUAUACAUUUUUUUUUUAUUCCUGGAACUUCAUGACUGUAAAUGUUCUUGUGUGUUUUUUUGUCCGUGUCUGGAAAGGUCUUCUGAUGAUAUCAUCAGUCUCUUCGUACAUUGAGGAGCUUGAUGACACUUUCAUGCAAACCAAGUCAGAUGACGACAUAUGGCUCAUUAAGUUCUACACCCCCUGGUGCACAUUCUGUAAACACUUGGACCCGGUUUGGAGGCGGGUGGGAUCGGAACUCAGAAGUGUCGGGUCACCGGUCAUUGUUGGCAAAUCAGAUGCCUCGGUCAACACCGCUCUGGCCAAAGAGUUCCGGGUCAGAGGUUAUCCAGCCAUUCUAAUUCUGAAGAAGAACAUCAAGUACAACUAUUUGGGCCCACGAAAUGCAGAGGGAAUCUUGGAGUUUGCUGACAGACUGUCUGGUCCUCUAGUUCGACCACUGACCAGCCGACAGCUCUUUGAACACGCCAGGAGCCGCCACAGCGUCAUGAUUGUUUACAUCGGAUCGACGUCACCGCUGAAGGGAAACUUCUGGUCCGCAGCAGAAGAUUUAAUCGUCUCCACCUACUUCUUCUCCUCCACAAGAGAAGCUCUGCCGCCGGAUGUCCACGUUCCUCACCUGCCUGCUGUUGUGGUUCUCAAAGAUGGAACCCUUCUGACAUACGAUGAGGACGAGGAUGGGGACUUGGAGCGAUGGAUCAACAGAGAACGAUUUCCAAACUACCAGAAGAUCGACAGCUACAUCCUGUAUGCGAUGGGUGACACGGGAAAACUGGUCCUUCUUUCCGUUCAGGAGGAUGCCAGUCCCAGUGAGGAGAGUCUCAGGAGCAGACAUUUGGUCCAGAAACUUUCUGAGGAACACAGAGAAGAUUACAGGCGUCUGGUCUACUUUGGCUUCAUGGAGGACCGGAGCUACAUUGAUGGACUUGUAAUGGGGGAAGUGGACGUGCCGUCCAUCAUCAUGCUGAAUCUGUCCACCGACAGCUACUUCCUGCCAGAGUCUGCUGUGGAGACUGAGCGCCAUCUGCUGGACUUUAUCGAUCAAGUGUUGCAGGGCAGCAUCCAGUCUCAGGGCGGAAAUGGAGUGUUGCAACGGAUGAAGCGACUCGUGUACGACGCCCGAGUAAUGAUGGCGCCUAUCUUCAGCUGGUCUCCGUGGCUUGGCUGGACCAUAGUGGGGGCAGUCCUGCUCUUCGUUGUGCUCCUCUUUGUCUUUUGCUACAAGUUAUUUUCACCUAGUGGAGAACUUGGACAGCAAGAUGAGACCCAAGGACCACGUGCCAGAAGACUCGAGGACAAAAAGUCUGACUGACCUUGGUCCAACCUGAUUUAUCUGAACCUGGUCUCAAUGUUUGUCAUGCUGACCUUGAAAUAAACUGUCAAUCA